AUGUCAUCAACAAAUUUCAAACACCAUCCAUCGGGUUCAUUUAGUCAAAAAUCAUUAUCAAGCUCAAGUUUAGGUGAUGGUCAAACACUUUAUUGUCUUUGUCGAUCAAGUGAUUGUUCAACAUUUAUGAUUGCUUGUGAUGCAUGUAAUAUUUGGUAUCAUGGUAUUUGUAUUGGCAUGAGCGAAAAAGAAUCAUCAAAAAUCGAAAAUUUCUUUUGCCAUCAAUGUCGUCAUAAAAAACCAAGUUUACAAAUUAAAUAUACUAAACCACAAAAAGAAAUUGAAGAAAAAUUAAGCAAAUGGAUUAGAAAACGAUUACGUAAAGAAGCAGAAUUAUUGAAUCCAUCAUUAAAACAAAUUGAUACAUCUGUUAAUGAUCGAAAAAAUCGAGAACAUUCAAGUAGUAUCGAUCAAUUUGCUAAUGAUGAUUCGACUAGUAAUCAAUCUGAUUCUUCAUCAUCAUCAGCAGCUAAUGUUAUGUCUCGACAGAAACAAGUUUUACAUGGAAAUACUUCUAAUAUAGUUCGAUCAACAGGUAUUCAACCAGUUCAAUAUGAAACUUUAACAUCACGUGAUGAUCAAGAACAAAUAAAUAAACAUCCUUUAAAUACAACUAAACGUGCAUUAAUAACUAAAAAUGCUACAGCAAGUGGAAAACGAAAACGAAAUAUGAGUAGUAGUGGUAUACCUACUAUAAAACGAGAACCACGAUCGGAAUUAAAUGAUGAAGAAGAUACAAAAAAACUUAGUGUUCGUCGUCGUCGUCGUACUACAGAAAAUUCAGCUCGUCAAUGUUAUGGACCAAGUUGUCUUUUUGAAGCACGUCCUGAAUCAAAAUAUUGUUCGGAUAAAUGUGGAUUAGAAUUAGCUCGAAAUCGUCUUCUUCAAUUUCUUCCAAUGCGUUUAAUGCAAUGGCAAACAAUCCCAUCAGUUGCUGAUACUCUCAAUAAAACAGCUAUUGACGAAAUUAUAAUUGAAAUCGAUCAAAUCAAACAGCGAUUAUCUACACUUGAUGAACGACAACGAAAACUAGAUGAAAUUAUUGAACGAGGAAAACAAAUAAAAGCAAUAAAAGAUACAGACAAAUACGAUACCAUAAAUGAUGAACACGAUGGAAUGUGUUUCUGUAUAUUAUGUAAUCAAGAAAUUAGUCAAAAAGCUUAUAUACGACAUAUUGAUAAAUGUUUUAUUCGAUUUGAAAGCCAAGUAUCGUAUGGAUCAAAUGUGAAAUCGAAUAUUGAAGGUUUAUUCUGUGAUAAUUAUGAUCGAACAAAUAAUCUUUAUUGUAAACGACUUAAAGUUAUUUGUCCUGAACAUUCUCGAGAACCAAAAAUUGCUCCAGACGAAGCAUGUGGAUGUCCAUUAGAAAAAAAUUUAUUUGAAGUAUCUGAUGAAUUAUGUACAGCACCGAAACGAUUAUGUUCAAAACAUUUUAAAUGGGAUCGAAGACGACGUGCUCAAAUUGAUCUUGAACGACUUCAUGAAUUAAUGCGUUUUGAAGAAUUGAUUGAAAAAGAAAAUCGACUACGAAUAGCUUUAAGUGAACGUGGUUCAGUAGCAGGACUUCUUUUACAUAAAACAAUAGCUCAUUAA